AUGUUAAUUAAUGAGGAGAGAGUCUCGUUCAGUAACCCCACAAGGAAACGGUGCCAGACGCAGAUACCUAGGCAAAAGGUGGAGUUAUUAAUCGAUCCCGUGCGGCUGGGUACCGAGCAGUCGCCUCCUUUUUUCUCGUUCCUCCCCAACUCCCCCACGCGCAACCCCUGCCGCCGCUUCUUCUUCCUCGCCCAGCGCGGUCGCCCCGAUGCAGCCGCUCCAUCCUCCACCAGCAGCCCCGCCCCGCCGCUGAUCGUCGCCUACAGCGCCGCCAUACCAUCCUCAGUUUCAGCCGGCCGCAUGGACCGUCGCCGGGAGAAGUUCGCCGGGGCACCACCGGCUCCGCCUCUGUUCGCCGGGGCACCACCGGCUCCGCCUCUGUUCGCCGCUGCACCACCGGCUCCUCCUAUGUUCGCAGCUGCCAACAGCUCCUCCGGCCAGUCAGCACCUGGUCUUUGGCAGUCCACGAACCCCACCAUUCCAGCCAAUGCACUAUCGAUCGCAUGUGGUUAUGGUGAGGAGCAGCUACAGGCCUUCGCCUUGGAGAAAUAUGAAGCCAACCAACAAUCAGCUUUCCAACAUUUGACAAUGUGGAGAGAUCUGAAGGACAACGGAAAGUGGCUUGCAGCAAUGAAAAAAAAUGAAUGGGGAGCAAGAUAAAAUAGAUAUAACAUCUGGUGCUAUUGAUGUGGAAGAUGAGGAGCGCCCUCCGGGUCGUGAUACAUCUAAGGAUGAGCGUGAUGGUAAACGCAAACCGAAGGAGUCGGUUACUUUGCUUGGAGAAAAAAUUGACACUUUUAUUGAGACCCAGAAAACGUCUAGGCUGGAGCGGCAGAAGGUUAUAGAUAGCCAACAUCAACUCUCAAGUCAGCAGCUUGAAACCGCUAAACUUGCCAAGGAGACAAAAUUGAUUGAGCUCUAGCAGAAGUUAUUGUUUGCUGAUACAAGUGCCAUGGAUGACGACGCGAAAGUUGAACGUGCCAAGGCAAUGGCAAGUCUGAGGUCUAUACUAUUUCCAGAAGAAAUGUGAGGUUUAUGCUAUUUCCUUAUUCAUGUUAACUCUGUAGUGUGAUAGAACUCAUUGAUCGAAUCUAUUAGAUGAACUAUAUGCAUGUGGUGUAAGCAUGUCUCUACCUUGUGUUGGAUAUAUCAAGUGAGAUGUAAACCUAUGUUAUUUCUAUUUUCUCAAGCAAAGUAAGAUCUAUGCUAUUUCCUCAUUCCUGUGAACGGUUACCCUCAUGAGAACAAGUUGAUGUGUUUU